AUGGGAAGAGAUUUUUACCAAAUUCUCGGGAUCGACAGAGGCGCGUCAGAUGACGAUAUCAAGAAGGCGUACAGAAAAGCGGCGCUAAAAUACCACCCGGACAAGAACCAAAGUCCAGGCGCAGAAGAAAAGUUCAAAGAAAUCUCUUUGGCCUUUGAAGUCCUGAAAGACAAGCAAAAACGCGAAAUCUACGACAGAUAUGGCGAAGAAGGCCUCAAUGGAACUCCUGGCGGCGGUGGAGGAGCCGGUGGUGGAUCGAGCAAUUUUCAAUACGGCCAAAACUUCGACCCACACGAUUUAUUCAACAUGAUGUUCGGUGGCGCUGCUGGAGGUGGAUCGUCAAGGGCGCACAAUCUCUUUGGAAGUCAUUUCAACAGCAUGGGCGGAAACAGCAGCAGAAGUUCUUUCAUGGAUCAUGAUGAUUUCGGCGGAUUCGGCUCUAGUGCAUUUGAAAGCAACGGGUUUGACUUUGGAUCGAACGGAAUGGGUUCUCGAGCGAAGCACCGACCGUUGAAAAAGGUCGACAAGCUGGAGCAUGAUCUUUUCAUUUCAUUAGAAGAUCUUUAUCAUGGAAUUACUAAAAGGAUGAAGAUUUCCAGAAGUCGUCGAAAGCCAACCGGAGUGUACCGUCCAGAAGAAACUAUCCUCACUAUCGAUGUCAAGCCCGGCUGGAAAGAAGGCACGAAGAUUACGUUCAACAACGAAGGCGACGAAAAACCCAAUCACUCGGCUGGAGACAUCAUUUUCGUCUUGAAAGAGGCAAAUCAUGCGCGAUUUAAAAGAAAGGGAAAUGAUUUAGUUUACACCGCAGAAAUCACUCUUCGCGAAGCUCUCCUCGGCGGGACUGUAACUGUUCCUCUUUUGGACGGAAAGAAGCAUCAUCACAAGUUCAAGCCGCUCAACGAUACCGCGCACAAGAUCCGAGUUGUCGGCCUUGGUAUGCCGCUCUCCAAAAAUCCAUCGCAAAAAGGAGAUUUGCUGAUCAAAUUCGAGGUCAUGUUCACCGGAAUGAGCGGCGAGCAACGACAAUUACUGGCGGAUGCUAGUUGCAACUAG